CACCACUCGUUGAAAGUCCUCCCUCCUCCUCUUCCCCAAAUUCAAGUAUGGUUGAAGUGAACAAAUUCCUUUCGUUGUCGCGGACCAUCGUCUUUAUCGCGACGAGUGUGAUGGGUCUUGCGGUCCUAGCUAUGAGCGCGCACAUCGUUUCGUGGACGAAUUCGAUCGUUAGUGGUGCUUAUUUCCAGUACGCUGCGUUGUCACUGGCUACUGGGCUCCUCACCAUUCUCUCAUUACCCGCUAUGCUCAUGAUCUCCAUUGGGCGCAAGGGCGCCCUGACGUCCAUGGUUGUCGUCGAGCUGGCCUGGUUGUGGUUCCUUUGGAUUAUGUGGGUCGCCUCCGCGGGUAACGUCGCCAGCACUGUGUGGAUUGGCAACUGUGGCCGUGCCAAGGGCAUCGUUGCGACUAUCUGUGCUGAAACUCAGACUAUUGAGGCCCUGGGUUUCAUCAACUGGUUCUUGAUUAUGGCGUAUACCAUCACCCUCCUCAUAUUCACCGUCAUGGCGCACAUGAAGGGCCACUCCAACGUCUGGACCAGUUCGGUGCGCGAAUACGACUUCACCGCUCCCGCCGUCAUCUCCGCCCCCGUUCAGCCCUCAUACGAGGUCAAGAUGGACAACACUGGCAUCUCGCAGUUCUCGGCUCCCCAAAGCCAAUUCCCUUCGCCCCAAGCCCAGUAUCCCCCAUAUAACCCUGGUACACCCGUCAGCGGCUACGCGGGCACCCCACCACCACAGCAACAACCGAUGAGCCCUUAUCCCCAGGUGUAA